UCACAACCACAGAGAACCUGCACAGACUCCUCAGCAGUCGAGCUCCUCUCAGAUAAAUUCACAACAUUUCAUUUGAAUUUUCUGAGUUUGUAUACCCAGAAUGCUUUGCAAGAACCUGUUGCUCAUCUGUAUGGCUGUUUUCAUCUGUGCAGAUGCUCAACACAAUUCAGGACUCAACAGAGCGCCCUCCUGCGAAGGGAUAACAAGAAAGCAGGUUUGUCCUAAUACUGUGGAUCUCCUGUGUGGCAGUGACGGCCUCCUCUACAAAAAUGAAUGUAUGCUGUGUGUAAGCAGACUGUUGAACAAUGCUGACAUUACCAUUGUUGGUGAGACAGACUGCUAUAAUAACCCUUACUUCCUGGUGGGAUAAAAUGUGUCAUCUUGACUCCGUUGCCUAGCUUUUAGCAUGUAGCACUGUUGCACAUAAUAAAUAGUAGUCCAUAGUGUCAUAUGUUUGUAAUGACAUUUAAAAACAUCUCAUGAAUAAAUGUUUCCUUCAUC